GUUGCUGUGGUCUGGUGGACUUCACCACGCGUGAGCUUUAGGCGAGGACCACGUGCUACCUAUAACCAGGGUAUGGCUGGAUCAUCAGUCAGCGCACUGGCGAAUCUGCUUGUAUCUGCGGCAUCGGUUGAGCAUGGUGACGACACAGAAGACACGCACGAAAAGCUGCGCGAGGCAACACGCAAUGGUGCCAAGAGGAAGGCCAGAGUGUUGUCCAAGCAUCACGCCGUUUUAGCGCGGUGGACGGCAUCGCCGGCUACGGGCGUCAACCCCCGACGACAACAACACAACGGGGCGAACGGUUGUAGCACGGGCGAUUCUCCUGCUGCGCCGCGCUAUUCCGGCACGAGGUCCAGUGAGGAUAUACCGCACGUUGACGCGGUGGCCGAUCGAAGCGAGGAGGUUCGAGUUCAAAACAACAUCGUGUCGCCGCUGUUAUCGUUGGCGUCCACGGAUAGCGUCGGCCGGCACGUGGUGGCCGGGGGCGGUUCGGGGGCGGGAGUGAUACCCGCGGGCACGGUCCUGCUGAGGGAGACCCCGUUCGCUUGGAGUCUGCACCCUGAGUUCAAUGGUGAAUUCUGCGCCCACUGCCUCUGCGAGGUACGGGGUCCGGUGACUCUCUGCCCCGAGUGUAGACGUGUAGCUUUUUGCGGCCGCGGGUGCUCGACAGCCGCCCUCCAAGAGUGGCACGGCAGCGAAUGCGUAGACGCAUCUUCUUGUACUCCCCUCGAACCGGCACUGUCCGGCGUAUCCCCUACUUGCAUGGUGGCACUACGAGCAUACAAGCGAGCAAGACGGCAAGGAGGCCAACUACCAAAGAGAACGGACUCUGGCCAGGGCGACGCGGGUGUUGCCGUUACCGUUACCGAGACGCAAGGUGCAUGCCAAAAUAGGUUCGGUAACAUCGCGUCGUCGCCGCCCAGGGGUGGUGGCGAAGAUGUCGCGUGGCCGAAGGUAAAGCUGGGCAACCUGCAGGAGCACUACGCUGCACGAUCUGCGCGAGAAAGGGACUUACUGGAGACUGAGGCGGCGGUUACAGCAGUUCUAGCCAACGGCUUUGGCAGCGACAUAGAUUUGGACGCAGACAGCCUUGGAAGGAGCGGUAGCGGACGGUGCGCAACCCGAACAAGCACUGAGGCGUGUGAACUGGUUGCUGCGGAACUAGCCACAACUCUGGUCAAGGUCAGCACCAACGCCUUCACCAUUUCAUCGCUCCGGUGUUCAGACUCACGGGCCGGUCACAACGUGCGACCCUUGAAACACGCAACGGUAGCUGUGGGGCUUUACUUGGUUGCAUCGAUGAUCAACCACUCUUGCCGUCCCAACGCCCUGGCAAGCUUUCAUGGGGGAGAGAUGAGAGUGGUGGCCACCCGUGCGAUCGAACGGGGGGAACCUGUUACCAUUUCCUAUGGGCCGUUGGCGUCAAAGAUGUCGUCCACUUCCGAGCGUCAGGCAUACUUGAGCCGGGCCUACUUUUUUCGGUGCGAAUGCAUAGCCUGCCACCCUCUCUCAGAAGAAACUGCCACCACCCCGUCCCGCCGCUCACGCGGCAGCGAGGGUGGCGACGAACGGCAACUCACCGAUCGAGACAAAGAGGGAAAAGCCAUCGAGGCGACAUUUUCGAAACGGACCGAUUUCGCUUGUACUGAAGCAGAGAGCGGUGGCUGUCCCGGCACGCUCUGUGUGGGAGUGCCUCCUCCUCCACCUCCUCCUUUUGCACCACCCACGCCCCCGUCGACGACCCAGGGUUGCAUCAACUCCGGUGUUGAAAGCUCAAAUGUUCCAAGCCCUUGUAUCAAUCGUGUCCAAGCGGUAGCUUCGACGUCGUCGACGUCGCCGAGCCCCAGGAGAAUGGAGGUGGUGGUGUUAUGGUGUGACCGUUGCGGGAGCCGCGUUCCGCCAGAUCUGGCGGACGCGCUGCUGAAGGAGGACAAGGAGGACCGCCGGCUGUGGGAGGAGGCAAAGGCGGCAAUGUCAAGCUCCGAAAAGGGAGCUGGACGUAGUGGAGGUGACGACGACGGGGAACUGAAAAGCAUGUCGCCGCCAAGGCGAUCCCGUCCGAACACUGGGGAGCGGUGGUGCAAAUCCUCAACAACGGAGGAUGGCUCGGUAAAUGCAGCCCCUUCUCCGGGAUCUUUUGCCUCGUCCGAUGCGUUGAGCCUUGUCAUGGAACGCAUCCGGUGGCGCGACCGCUACCUGACCACCACAUCGAUGCGGAGAGCCGUCGCACACGACAUGCACGCGCGCGUUCUCGCGAGCCGCGAAGACUUUCCCGGUGCCGCCGAUGCUUGCGCAAGAGCGGUGAGCGUGUUGAAGCGGAGGUUCAGCCCCGAGGACCAGGAGCUGGGCAUCGAGUUUCUCAAGCUUGCGGAGCUGUGCUUCAAUGCAGGCUGGACAGACAAAUGUACCGCAGCUUGUGUGAAGGCUAAGGAGUCGCUCGGGGUUUGUCUGCAACCGGGCGAUGAGCAGCUGGAAGCGUUAAACACCCUGCAGGCUUUGUGCGCGGCGGUCUACCAUCGUUGACCUAGGGCUGGUGCUGCUUCUUAGUACCGGGUGGUAUUUUUGUGUAUUGCCUCGUUUUUUUAUUAUUAUUUCUUAGGCGGCCACACAAAGUGACGAUUGUCCCAUCUGUCUGUCUAUGGCCACGUGAUGUGUUCGUGACACGCCCUUGUUUCAUUAAUGUCUAGUGUUGGAAGAGAUCCGAACAGUGCUGCGAGGUUACCCACUAGACCACCGGGGCGACCAGUUUUUUUUUUUUUUCCCUCCCAUCAUUGGACUCUGUCGCCUGCCCCUCUGGCCCCUAUCCCCCACUUCUACUAGCUAGACGACCCAACCAGGGUCACAUAGGAGGGGAAGGGGGGGGUUGGACCCCCUCCUGCGGUUCCUGCCUGAGGUGGCCAGUGGGCACGGUUGUACAGGGGCAUUGUGUAACCUCCGGCCAACCAGGGGUUAUUACAUGGGAUAACGNCCGGGGCGACCAGUUUUUUUUUUUUUUCCCUCCCAUCAUUGGACUCUGUCGCCUGCCCCUCUGGCCCCUAUCCCCCACUUCUACUAGCUAGACGACCCAACCAGGGUCACAUAGGAGGGGAAGGGGGGGGUUGGACCCCCUCCUGCGGUUCCUGCCUGAGGUGGCCAGUGGGCACGGUUGUACAGGGGCAUUGUGUAACCUCCGGCCAACCAGGGGUUAUUACAUGGGAUAACGUGGGGGGGUUACAGGCCGAGCGAGCAUAACGUACCAGGUUAUGAACGCGGUCGUGCGCGUAUUGGUGUGGAUGAAGGAGGAGAAAAGAAAAAACUAUGUGUGAGCCUUCCCCUCCAUUGCUACAUUGUAUUCAACCCGUAUUUGUGAUAUAGUUACGCGAUUCCUCGCUCAGCAUUACUUUACGUCGAAUUGAUCGGUGAAGAAAAGAUAACAUGGGGUGGAUNCAACCCGUAUUUGUGAUAUAGUUACGCGAUUCCUCGCUCAGCAUUACUUUACGUCGAAUUGAUCGGUGAAGAAAAGAUAACAUGGGGUGGAUCGAACCAGCAACUUGGGCCUAAAUAAUCCAAUGGUUGACCGCUACGCUGCAUGUUGAAGGCUAUGACUAUUGCACCAUUCUAUGCUUUUAUAGUAGGGGCGGAAACAAUGGUAGCAACACCGCCCACGCGGCCGAUAAGAGCACACUUGU